AUGCUUCGUUUUCUGAACAGCCGAGAAACUGGCGAAGACAACCCACUUCUUUUGAGACGAGCGGAGACAACUCGCCGUAUUUAUAGCCUGGAUCUAAGCACUCACCGUGAUGUUGAACAAGGAACCCAUCGCGGGGGGAUAAACUGCCUUGACAUUGACUUAGUUGAAGAAAGAUAUUUGUUGUCUGGUGGCUCAAAUGGUAUGAUCUUCAUUUAUGACUUGCUUAAUAGCACAGGUGAGCUCAAAUAUACAUGUAAUGCUGUGGCCAGUGUGGGCCUAUCUAAUGUGGAUCGUCAUAGGAGCAGUAUUGAAACUGUACAAUGGUACCCACUUGACACCGGUAUGUUUAUUUCCAGUGGUACUGACAAGUUACUAAAAAUAUGGGACACUAACAACUUAGUUGUUGCUGACAAUUAUGAAUUCAAAGGCAUUGUCUACUGCCAUCACUUGUCAACAGUAGCUCGACAGCAUUCCUUGAUUGCUGUUGGAUGUGAUGGAAGCUCCUUGAGAUUGAUUGAUAUGAAAUCUGGCUCUGCCACACACAGCUUAAAAGGACAUCGUAGGGCUAUUCAGUGCAUCCAAUGGUCACCAAAAGAUGAAUUUAUUUUAGCCUCUGGAGGCACAGACAAUCAAGCUAUGCUCUGGGAUAUUCGCACAUCAAAAGGAUGUCUUAUGAAAUUUGAUCAGCACAAUGGUGAAGGAUCCUCCAAUACAAAAGAUAGCAUAACAGCUCAUGAUGGUCAUGUGAAUGGUUUGCAUUUCACCACUGAUGGACUUCUUUUGGUCACUUUGGGGACAGAUGAACACAUUCACCUGUGGGACACAGCAACUGGAAAGAAUACACUUGUAAAUUAUGGCAAGAUCAAUAAUCAGAGCCGGCGCUCAGUGAAAAUCGCCAUUUCACAUGAUGCUUCUCCAGAUGUGAUCUUCAUUCCUGAGGACAGUGAUAUCAACAUUUAUGAAAUAUCUUCUGGUACAAAAAUUGACGUGCUUCGAGGACAUUACAAUCAGAUAUCUAAAGAUGCCAUGAGAAAUACAUCUCAAAAAAGAAAAAAGAUAUUUUAA